GACGUCACGUCACUUACUCCCUUUAGUGCCGAGUUCCCGGAUGUUGCCUCCUUUUUUGCUCCAUCUCGGAAGAUGGCAGGCGAGAAGAAAACCAAGCGAGUCCGGAAAGUCCACACCAGCCGCAACCCAGUGCUGGCCCGAGGGAUCGGGAAGUACUCCCGCUCGGCCAUGUACGCCCGGAAAGCCAUGUACAAACGCAAAUACAAAGCUCCGGAAACAAAGAUCGAGAAGAAGAAGAGAGAGAAGGAGCCAGCCACAAUCACAAAACCUGUUGGAGGCGAUAAGAAUGGAGGCAACCGGGUGGUCAAGCUUCGCAAAAUGCCCCGAUAUUACCCCACAGAAGAUGUGCCCCGUAAACUGCUGAGUCACGGCAAGAAGAAUUUUGCCCUCCACAAGAGAAAGCUGCGGGCUUCCAUUACCCCGGGGACUGUGGUGAUCCUGCUCACCGGGCGCCACCGAGGCAAGCGUGUUGUCUUCCUGAAGCAGCUUGGAAGUGGGCUAUUGCUCGUAACAGGGCCCCUGGCCAUUAACCGUGUUCCUCUGCGAAGGGCUCAUCAGAAGUUUGUCAUUGCCACAUCCACCAAGGUCGACAUUUCCAGCGUGAAGCUCCCCAAGCACCUCAACGACAUCUACUUCAAGAAGAAGAAGUUGCGCAAACCCAAGCACCAGGAGGGUGAAAUCUUUGACACCGAGAAAGAGAAAUAUGAGGUGACAGAGCGGCGCAAGGCAGACCAGAAGGCCGUGGACUCGCAGCUCCUGCCCAUCGUCAAGAAGACGCCUCAGCUCCGGGGCUACCUGCGUUCUACUUUUUCCCUUUCCAAUGGUGUUUAUCCUCACAAAUUGGUAUUCUAAACCGUAUGGAAGCAAUGCAAUAAACAUUUGAGGAAACCCC